GAGUAUUUCACCAUUAACCAAACCUCGUUGCACUCGAUGACACACUCCAUUCUCUAUAUAUCUAAACUUCAACUUUACUCAACUCAAUUCUCUUUGUGACACUGACAUCACAACACUUUUUGUUUCUGUUUUUCUUCUAACUCAACCACUGAAACAUAUCUCAAACUCUUAAAAUCCCACAACCAUUUCACUUUCACCUAUGUUACAACCUAGUUUCACUGAUGUCUUUUCCCUCUUGUUUCUAUGUUGGGUUUUGGUUCCUAUGGCAGAAUCUGCCAUAGGUGUAAACUGGGGUACACUUUCUUCACACAGGUUGAAACCCUCUACAGUGGUUGAUCUUUUGAGAGACAACAGGAUCUCAAAAGUUAAGCUUUUUGAAGCUGAUCCUGAUGUGCUUAAAGCAUUGAUGGGGAGUGGCAUUCAGGUUAUGGUUGGUAUACCUAAUGAAAUGUUGUCUCUUUUGGGUUCUUCUUCUGUUGCUGCUGAUUAUUGGGUUCGGCAGAAUGUUUCUGCUUAUAUCACUAAAGGGGGUGCAGAUAUCAGGUAUGUUGCGGUAGGAAAUGAACCCUUUCUUACGAGUUAUAACGGUCAAUUUGUGAACCUUGUCAUGCCUGCGGUAACCAAUAUACAACAGUCUUUAGUUAAAGCCAAUCUUGCUGGUUAUGUGAAGAUAGUUGUUCCUUGCAAUGCAGAUGCGUACGAGUCCUCGGGAGGACUUCCUUCCCAAGGGGCGUUUCGUUCUGAACUGACUCAAAUCAUGACUCAACUUGUUCAGUUCCUUAACUCAAACGGUUCUCCAUUUGUUGUUAAUAUCUACCCGUUUCUUAGCCUUUACGAUAAUGGAGAUUUCCCUCAAGAUUACGCGUUCUUUCAGGGAACUAGUCAUGCUGUAACAGAUGGUUCUAAUGUGUACACCAACGCGUUUGAUGGAAACUAUGACACUCUAGUUGCUGCGCUCGGUAAACUCGGAUACAAUCAGAUGCCUAUAGUUAUUGGUGAAAUCGGUUGGCCUUCGGAUGGAGCAGUUGGUGCAAAUAUCACUGCUGCUAGGGUUUUCAACCAAGGCCUUGUCUAUCACAUUGCGAGUAACAAAGGGACCCCUUUGAGGCCAAACGCUCCUCCUAUGGACGUUUAUCUUUUCGGACUGCUUGACGAAGGAGCAAAAAGUACUCUUCCAGGAAACUUUGAAAGACACUGGGGGAUAUUCUCAUUUGACGGGCAAGCCAAGUAUUCAUUAAACCUCGGACUUGGAAACAAGGAAUUGAGAAAUGCGAGAAAUGUUGAGUAUCUUCCAUCUAGAUGGUGUGUGGCGAAACCCUCGAGUGAUCUGACGAACGUAGUAAACCAUAUGAAAAUUGCUUGUAGUGUUGCAGAUUGCACGACACUUAACUAUGGAGGUUCGUGUAAUGAAAUUGGCGAGAAGGGUAAUAUAUCAUACGCUUUUAACAGUUACUAUCAGCUUAGAAUGCAAGAUUCACAAAGCUGUGAAUUUGACGGGCUUGGUAUGGUUACUUUCCUAGACCCCUCUGUUGGUGAUUGUCAUUUUCUUGUCGGAGUUAUCGAUAAAGGCUUGAAUUCAUCUGCAUCUCAAACAACCUAUCAGUGGCGGGUUCUAGUAUUAUUUCUAACUUUACAUUGGAUUUUUUUGCUUUCGAUGUGAUUUAGAUGUUUCAUUAGCGGGUUUUUCAUUGUCCCCUCUUAUGAGACUGCCAGAACUAGAAUAGCUACUAUAGUAUUUAAGCUUAGAUUAUUCAAAAGAUUCAUGGUUUGUAGCCCAGAAUAUGAUCAUUAUUAAGUCAUUGUAUCAUAUUAGAGACGACUGUAUAAACACUAUUACACAUAUUUAUUUCAUGUUCGUUGUCA